GAAGAACGUGUAGAAGGUCUAAAAAUCAACAGAAAUACUGAAAGUGAAACGCGCUUAGAUCGUUUACGUGAAGAGAAUGCUCGUUUAACUGCUCAAAUCACUGUUUUAGAAGAACGUCUUAAAGAGGCUGAUGCAAGGUCGAGCCGUGCAUUAGAAGCUGAACGACAGCAUAUGCAAUCAAUUUUGUCACGCUCUUCGCGAGAACAUACUCAAGAAUCAGAAACGUUACGUGCUCGGAUUAUUUCUUUAGAAAGUGAAUGUUCCGAAUUACGUGUUCAGUCAGCUCGUAUCAAAGCGGACAACCAAACGUAUAUUAUUGAUCUUCGAAGAACCAAUGAACAACUAACUGAAUCACAAGAACAAGCACGUAGUUUUCAAGAAGAAUUAAAAUCAUUAACGACUAAACAUACUAGAGAAAUGGAAGUUCUUCGGAAAGAUCGUGAUCAUGCGGUACAUGUAUUAGAAGAGCUGAAUGGUUCUAUGGGUGGUAAACGAAGAAGUCGAGUCGGUUCAGGUUCAGGUACACUUACAGCAGCCGCAGCUAGCACUGGUUCAACUGAAGUGUUAGCACGUUAUCAAGAGGUUCAAGAAAUUGUUCGUCGACUAACUGCUGAAAAUAAAAUAUUACGACAACAAGUGGAAGAAGCUCAAGAAGAAUUACUUACACAAUCACUUCAACAAGGUCAAAGCUUAAUACGUUCAUCAGAGAAAAGUUGGGCUUCUGAAAUAGAUAAUUGUACUAAAGAAGAGGUUGUCGAAUUAUUAUCCAAAGAGAAAUAUGCAAAUGAACAACUGCGUAAAUAUAUUGACGAUUUAAUUACACGAAUUAUUGAACGACAUCCAUCAUUGUUGGAGAUCGCAAGUGGAGGGGGUGGAUCAUAGAUUCAUGCUGUCUAUGAGUGUUUGCCGGUCCAUCUGUAUGUAUCUAUUAUGACCGAUCAUUUCAAUUACGCAACUAACUAACUGAUUUGCUUAUUACUUGGAUAAAACUAUACAUAUACAACUUUGUAAAAGAG